AUGGACUUUUGGCUUCGAGGAUCAAGUUCCAAAGCUUCUCAGGUGCCAAACAUUGCAAUUCCAGCGCAAUCGAACACGGCAGCAACCAUUUCUCCCGCAGUCAACGUGUCGCUGAGGGACGGAGCAAGCCAGCGCACAAAUGUAAUUCGCAAUACAAAAUCCUCAAACCCUCGUCACCUUUCAAGCGAAUGUCAACCACCGAUCAGAAAAAUCCAUCCAACAUUCGCAGGUGCUGAAGACUCUGUGCAGAAAAAGAGUUGUGUUGUAAAAAUAUUGACACAUCCCAAAGAUUCUUCUCAAUCUCCUAAAUCUCCUAAACCUGACCAACCACUUGCAGACUUGUCUGAUGAAUUCCGAAUUCGACGGCACAGGAGAUUCAUAGGGAGAUCACCCCUGGACCCAAGCAGUCCUGAUUCACUGCGAGCUGGACGACUGACUUCAUAUACCAUCCAAAAUUUGCGCCAGGAUUUGAAUACUAACAGCUCAGCCACUAUUAACCGUUGUGAAGCCAAUUCCAAUAAAGCCACAAAUCGUAGCUCUCCCACUGCCCAUCAAGGCACGCAUGAGACCCCGAAUCCCGAUAGAGCUUCCAAAUUUUUGACAUCGGCUAGAAACAAAGAACGUACGGCUCCAAUGGUUUCGAACAUGCAGGUCAAAUCCUCCGCAGGUGGAGCAAAGAAAAUGGACAUUAACGAACGGCUGGAGCGCCUUCAGAGGGAAGAGAAGAGGAAAAUAGGUCUACAACGUCGUGGUAUCAACAUCUAUGCCACCAAAAAAGAAUCUUCAGCACUAGACAUUGCACGUGAAGGAGAAGGGAAUGAUCCGAAAUCGCCAGUUGCCAAAGGAAUACCUUCCGCUCUCACCAACCCAAAUAUAGCGGCAUCGUCACCCACUAAGCAAAAUGAGAGGUUGGAAAGCAAUUCUCCCAUCGAUACGGAGUUAAACAACCCCAGUUCUGGUAUCCUUGAAUACCGUAGUCCUUAUUCCGUACACAGCUUCGGUUCCUCCGAACAAAAGGAAAAGAAACAACUGGUACCAGUGGACAACACAGUUUCUUCGCCCCUGGUGAAUUCGCAAUAUCGCCCUUGGGAUAGUCAAUUAGGCUCUGAAUUUACUCACAGAUUCACAAAAUGGCUGGGUGCCGUGAGAACGUUGGAUCGCGUCUGCGUGGAUACGACCAGCCCACUGUUCAACGAUGCAAAUUUACGCUCCGAUGGUGGACAUGAGAUGAUUGUCUCAAAAGCCAUAGCACCGAUCACACUUCUUAACCUGGCCGAUCCAGAGAGUGCUGAGCAUGUCCAUAAGACAGCUCGUGGUUAUAUUCACAAUUGGAAUGCUAGAAUCGAUCGGGAGCAGGAAGGAAUUAGUGCGAAAAGAGAGAAGAUGGCCUUGCAUAUGAAACUCGCUUUCCGGAACCCUCAGCCCCUGGCGGUAGAGGCUAACUCACACACGCCAAAGGCAAAAAAGUACAUCCGACCCGUUGAAAAGAAAGACUUUCCCGGAUUAUUAUAUAUCUUCAAUUGGUAUGUUCAGAACACAGUCUCCUGCGUUGAUCUGGACAAACUAUCUGUCCGCGCCGUGAAGGAGCGUGUCGACGAAUGCGAACGUGAGAAGUUUCCAACUCUCGUUGCCGUCGAGCAGAAACCCCGCCUGGGUCACGCCCUCAGCGAAGAAAAGGAGAAUAUCUACGGUUACAUCCUCUCAAGCGAUUUCACAGGCCCUGCCACAAUUAACCGCUACACUGCGGAAUUGGAAUUGUUUGUUGAUCCCAAAUACUACCGUCUUGGCGUCGGUAAAUGUCUUCUUGACAAGAUGCUGGAAAUCCUAGAUGGUGACUAUACUCCCUACCAGGGAUAUCAUUUUGACUGCGCCGCUGCCCAGGCUGAUGUACACCGUGGGGGCAGGAAUCGUCGACUGUCCAGAUUGAUUUUCAUCAUUCAUCACAAGGCAGAGGACGAUUCCAACUACAGAUGGACAAAGGAACGGCUUGAGAGGAGAUUCGGAUUUGAAGAGCAGGCGCUACUUAAGGGAACUGGAUAUAAAAUGGGAGAAUGGUGA